GCCACGGAGCCAAAUAGUUGUAAAUGCUAAGUGAAGGAGUGGCCAAUCGCCCCCUAUUUUAGGUCAAACACCCACCCUCGUACUGCAUCUCUCCGGCCGGCAGUCUGGAAGGAGACGCCUCGCCACCUUCGUGACAGGGCGACUCCAGGCCUCGCCACUGCUUUUUCCCCGAUACACACCCAGAGACGCGUUCAUGUGACGAACACAAGCCGACUCCGCCCCCCUCCCCGAAGACAGCGUUGCCCAUUAUUGCUGCUUUAUCGAGUCCGGCCAUAGUCGGAUCUGACGAGACCGGGGCGCGAACCCCCGGUCCCCAGUGGGCAACCGCAUCGCAUUGACAUUUAAGUUGAACGUUUGUGAACAGGGACAGAUGAAGAAAAGAUAUGACCCACGCGACUCCAGCCUAAGGUUUGUCGACGGACAGGACGACCUGGAUCCACUAGCCUCAGAAGAUGAGGACGGCUCCCUCAAAGCGAAGAUGUCCUGCGGUCACACCGUCACCCCUGAUUCUCUCACCCGGUGGUGUCGCAGCUUACUAGACCAGGGUCAGUAUGAGCUGAGAUGCCCUGCCUUGACUAAGGGCGUUGCACAGUGUAAGGCCGUCUGGUCCUACCCAGAGGUGCGUAGACUCGCCGCUCUGACUGUGGGGGAGAUGCAGUAUUUUGAGGAGAGAAUUUCUCGUUUGGCGGCUGCCAACUACUGUGAUGCUCAGCAAUGCCCAGGAUGCAAAACUGCCAUUGAGAGGAAGAAUCCCUCUAACCUGUGUGUCAAAUGCAUCAUAUGCACUGCUGACAGGAAGCAGGCCUGCUAUUUCUGUUGGCAGUGUCUGAAGCCGUGGAAAGGCACAGGCCCGCGCUCCGACCGCUGCGACAACAACGGCUGCAUCAACAAGGACCUGGAGCUUCUGCAGAUCUGCAGGAGCAUCGAUCUGCCGGACGUGACGGGGGUCACCAGCUGCCCCUCCGUCCGGCUCUGCCCCACAUGCGGUAUUAGGGUGGAGCAUAACAGAAGACACUGCAAGAAUAUUGUCUGUCCUCGCUGCCAGGUGGAGUUCUGUUUCGUCUGCCUGAAAACCAAACGUGAAUGUUCGAAGACCAGCACGCCCUACCGAAUGUGCCACAGCGGAGUGGCUCCGAGACAGACGGCUGUACCCGUAUGGCGGAGAAACAAACGGGGAACGUCACACGCGGGAGGAUCACGCUAUCCCCCCCCCCGUUCCUCCCCGAACGACCAGCAGAGGCGCUGGUGCAGCAACCAGGACCCAUACCCACAUCCGGCUUCCCGCCCGCACACACGGCCAAUUGUGUCUGUACAGACACCCGACCAAACCGGAGGUAACACGGGGAUUCGAACCAGCGAUUCCCGUGUCGGUGGGCAACGGAAUAGACCGCCACACUACCCGAACACUCGCUGCUUACUUUUCAUCUUUGACCAUGUAGGACCCAUACCAUGUUUAACUUUAUCUUGCAUUGCUUAGAUAGGUGCUUAAAGUCCAUGUGUAACAGAACAAAGGUAGUGUCUUCUCCAGGAGAACAAAUAAGGGCCUAUUGUUAACUGGUGGUUGAUAGAGGAAUAUAUGGGAGACUCACUGAGACUAGCAAGUCUGUACACAGUCAAGUCAAUUUUAUUUUUUAUUGCCCAAUAUCACAAAUUACAAAUUUGCCUCAAGUGGCUUUACAGCAACAGUUGCUUUUGGGCACUACAACAGCAGAAGAUGGAGAACAGAUUAGAUGCAGCCGACACUGGACUGUGUACUGUACUGAUCGGCGCGGAUUCAAGCAUCUAGGCUUGAAUGCGUCUGUUUGUGAACAUAUAUUAAAGUGUGACAAUAAGAGAUUUUUGUCUCGCUCCUCAUGUAACGUCAGAGUGGAAUUAAAUAAUUGCCACGGCAAUUUGGGGGCUCGCCCGGCUCACAUUUCUUUACCCACUCUCUGCACGGAUCAAAUCUGUCCAGCCAGUCUGGUUGAAGGGAUUGAAAAAAAAAUCGAUUAAGACCCAGGAAGUCUACCCCCCCUGAGGACAGCUCAAUUAAUCACUGCCCUCAGCUUUCACAGAAGGGACCUGGAUCUCCUCCCCGUCUCAGCCGCUCAUCAGCGACCUGCAGGCCAGCAUCGCACACUCCCCGCUGCGCCCCUGGUGUACCGGAGACUUUCAGACAACUCAGAAAUAAAUGCAGAUCCUCCCCAAGAAAAG